AUGAGCGACCUUGACAGGGCGAUCGCGCAAUUACGCGCCUGCCGCUUGAUACCCGAAGCCCAGGUCCGCGAACUCUGCUACAAGGCGCGCGAGCUCCUGAUUGAAGAAGGCAAUGUGGUCAACGUCGACGCCCCCGUCACCAUCUGCGGCGACAUCCAUGGCCAGUUUCACGACCUGAUGGAACUGUUCCGCGUGGGUGGCGACGUCCCCGACACCAACUACCUCUUCAUGGGCGAUUUCGUCGACCGCGGAUUCUACUCCCUCGAAUCCUUCCUCCUCCUUCUGUGUUUGAAAGUCCGAUACCCCGAUCGCAUCACUCUGAUCCGUGGCAACCACGAGUCGCGUCAGAUCACCACCGUCUACGGCUUCUACGAUGAGUGCAUCCGCAAGUACGGCAGCGCCAACGUGUGGCGAUACUGCUGCGAGGUGUUCGAUUACCUCGCGCUCGGGGCUCUGGUCUUGGGAGCCAGCUCAGAGCUGGAGCCCUCCGGCCCCGUGGAUACCACACAAUCUUCUAUGCCGAUCGAUGACGCACUCGAGAUAGAGAUCCUCAACUCCAAAGGCGAGGUCACGAUGAACUCCUACCGUUCCCGACCGCAAUCAUCCAGCGCAUCCACAGACACCCGAGCCAUCUCCCCGCCACGCGACAUUUCCACCACCCCCAAUCAGGCACCCAUCAGGCCCGGAGCAGCAGGGACGGGCGCGUCCGGCGACUCGGGCGGCAGUCUCUCCAGCCGCACCGGAGCCGUGCUCUGCGUCCACGGUGGACUCUCCCCGGUCAUCGAUACGGUGGACAAGAUCCGGCUCAUCGACCGAAAACAGGAAGUGCCGCACGAGGGCGCGAUGUGCGAUCUACUGUGGUCGGACCCGGACGAGAUCGACGGCUGGGGUCUCAGCCCCCGCGGCGCGGGGUUCCUCUUUGGCGGGGACAUCGUCAAACGAUUCAACUACCGCAACGACCUAUCCUUGGUCGCGCGCGCGCAUCAGCUCGUCAUGGAGGGGUACAAGGAAAUGUUCGACGGGGGGAUCGUCACGGUCUGGUCCGCGCCGAACUACUGCUACCGAUGCGGGAACGUCGCCGCCAUCCUGGAAUUAGGCGAAGACACCAGCAACGGAGGCACCGUCGCCAGAAGCAACGGCGACUACGGACGAAGUAACGGCCUCCUGGGACCCAAUAGGCCGGCCGUGCGGAGUCCCGGAAGACGCUACCGGGUGUUUGAGGCCGCUGCGCAGGAUACCAGAGGCAUGCCCGCGAAGAAGCCUGUUGCUGAUUAUUUCCUGGUGCGUAUUUCCAUUGACACUUACCGACGACGCACGUACUAA